AUGAGUGACUUCAACACAGAGGCAUUCAGCCUUUUGGCGGUAGCAAUCGUGAUCAUUGGCCUACGAACCACCGCAAGAUGGAUCAUGGUCGGACCGAAGAAUUUCCAGCCAGAUGAUUAUAUUAUGCUACUGGCGUGUGUUGUUUAUGGACUUGAAACGGCUGCUGCAUAUGCAGUUGGUGCGUGGUUUCAUGGACUCGCGAACAAUUCAAUGACAGACGAAGAACGUGCGAGCUUAUCCCCAGAUUCAACGGAAUAUCAUCAUCGUGUUGGAGGGUCCAAGAUUCAAGUGACUGGCUGGUCUCUCUACACCCUUUUGCUCUGGCUGUUGAAAACAUGUAUGGCCAUUUUCUAUUCUCGAUUGACAGCUGGCUUGAUUAACAUGCGAAUUCGAAUUCAUAUUGCUUAUGGCCUUAUUGCCGUCACUUAUAUUGCGACUGUGUUGUCGAUUCUCUUUGGUUGUCACCCCAUGUACAAGAAUUGGCAAAUCAACCCAAACCCUGGAAAUCACUGCCAGCCAGCCGUAUCGAAAAUCGAUAUCUACGUGACGGUGGUGCUGAAUGUCUGCACCGACAUUUAUCUCAUCAGUAUCCCUGCUCCGAUGCUCUUCCGAGCUCGACUGCGGUGGCGGGAAAAGCUUGAGCUCCUUGUUCUUUUCAGCGGCGGUCUUUUCGUUAUGAUGGCCGGUAUUCUGCGCUGCAUGUUGAUCUUGACGGCCGGUGCAAACGGUGCUGAACAAGCUGGCAGCUGGGCAUGCCGUGAAACAUUUGUGGCUGUCCUGAUUGGAAACAUCCCUAUGAUUUACCCACUUUUCCGGCGUCUUGUUCGCCGCACAGGAUUAUAUCUCACCACGAAGACUGGCCAGACCUACCCUGCCUACCCUGCCUACCCUGCCUACCCAUUAUCGGAAGGAGAGAAUAGUGGCUAUGCCAGGCGCAAGAAGUUCCUACACCCACUGUCGCUCCCAGCUGAUACACAGUGGAACACCAUUGAUGAGCAGAUGAUUCUUCCCACUUCACGACAACAACCUCCCACAUGCACGGCUGGCGAGGGUAGCUGGGACACGAGAAGUCAGAGCAGCCAUAAUGGAGGUAUCAAGGUGGUUCACGAAACAAUUGUACAAAGUGCUGAAAAGCCGGAGUGA